AUUCAAAGCUCUUGCUUGACGACGAUUUUAAAAAUUUCAAAAAUGAACACAUAAAAUGCCUGAAAUUGGAUAAGUUAGCUAAUAAGACAUGAGUUUUGGAGGUUCAGUGAGAUUUGAUACAAGUACUACUAAGGAUGGAAAACCAGCAAUAUAUUUUGGAGAAGAAAAGAAGAAGAAAGAUAAAAGAAAGUUUGGCUAUAAAGACAAAGGUCUGAGACACUCUUUAAGGAACAUAGAAAAAGAGCCAGAGAAUACUGACCCUGCUAAAGAUCAGAAAGCAGAAAAGCAAGCUACAAAUAAAAAAGUUGCAGAUGAGACAAAAAAGCCCAAAAACAAGGGGAAUGAGCCUAAAGGGACAAACCCGAGCCAGCGAAGGAGAGUUAAAGAGACUGUAAAUGGAGUGGCUCCGGGAACUGUUACUCUUACCCAGGAGCAACUAAAUGCAAUUUUGUCAUCUCUGGGUCAGACCCAAGGAUCACAGCCUGUUCAAGUCAGUGUGGACAAGAACACUAAUGAGGUCCGUGUAGAGAAAAAGGAAGUCCAUUUCCAAGAUGAAAAAUCAGCUGAACCUGCGAAGGUUGACAGUGGUACGCCUAGGGAAGAGAGUAUCUUCAACAUGGUAGAUAGUAACCAUAGUGAUACGGGGAAACAAGCAAAUUAUGAUAACAAGCAAGGUACAGUUUCUGACUUUGUACUGCAACAACUCGGUCAGUCUGAAGAACAGGGAGAUGUUAAGCAGGAGGAUGGUAAGCCAAAAGAACGGGAAAAUGAAGGAGGUGCAUCAGGAGCAUCACAUAUUGAAGGUCCAAAGGAGUCUCCAAGAGCACCUUCUGUUUCAUGGAAACAUAUGACCAUUGGAGAGAGAAAGAGAUUACAAUGGGCCCGAGAACGAGGUGAACAAGCAUCAGGUGUGAACCAAUCAUCUCCCCAACAGCAGAAUGUGGCUUCUGGCCAGAGAUCUAUCAAUGACCAAAUGGGGAACAAUCCACAGCCUGUAAAGUCCCCAGUAAUGCCAGUCCCCCCUGGAGAAUUUGUCCCUCAGCCUCAACUGAGUAUAGCAGAGAAGAAGAAACUACAAUGGGAGGCUGAGAGAAAACAGCAAGAGCAGCAGCGUUUAUUAGAUACUUGGAAUCCAUUUGGUCGGCCUGGUGCAGGGGCUCCGAUGAGGUCAAACUCAGGCACUGUCUUGACGGAUUUUAACAGCCGUAAGAAUCAAUCUGUUCAGAAUUCUCUUGAUGAGAAGGAGAGGAAGCAGAAAGCGUAUGACCAGCUGCAACAACAACAACAAACACAACAUCAACAAGAACAACAAAGACAACAACCAAAUUUUGCACCUGAUCCCAGCACUGUCCAUCCAGCAAUGAGAAGUUCAUUUGCAUUUGGGGUAGCAACGGAUGGGAAAUUUUCUGACUCUAAAGCAGAGGAGAAAAAACGCUGGCUUGAAGAAUUAGAAAAACAAAAGGAGGAAAAUCGCAUGAGAAAGGAAGCUGAGAAAUCCAAAACAGUUCAGGCUGAAACAUGGGCAGAUAAAAUGAGCCAGCCAGGAGGGACCCCAAGGACACAAAAUCCUGUGAGCAAUACUCCUGGAGUGAAUAUCCCUGGUCUUCAAGGUGCAGUGGCUUCUCCAAGAGUGAAUAGUGCCCCUAGUAAUGUUAACAACCCUGCACCCAAUGGGGAGUUAAGCUCUUCAGGAGGAGCUUCUCUACUGAGGGGUCAGAAUACUCUUAUUGACCCCGUUACGAUGAAUGAACUGUCAGAAAAACGUCGUCGAGCCUUAGAGCAUCAGAAAGCAAUACAGGAGCAAGUUGAAGAACAUCAGCGAAAGAAACGUGUGGAGAGGGAGCGAAAAAUUGCUGAAGAAUUGGCGGAAGAGGCGAAGUUUCAACAACAGCGAGAAAAUGUUCAGAAACAACUGGAACUUGAACAGGAAAAGCAGAAGCAAAAACAGGAGGAGCAGCAGAAGAGGGUAGAUGAUUUGAAGAGGGCAAUGGAUGAGGCCACUGAGAGAGCUAGGAAAGAAAAGUUUGAGAAGCGCCUGGCACACCUUGGAUCACAUGGUCAUGAUACUGCCAGACUACAAGAGGACUAUGAAGCGAAGUACAGCCCAAGGGCAGGAGCAGCUGGGGGUAAUGUGGAGCCUGCCUCUGUCCCAGGGCUAGAUCUCUCAAACCUGUCUCCCAGGUCAGGUGCGCAACAUGAAAGCCCCAGGGUAGCUAUUCAGCAUGAGCCUUAUGAGGAGAAUAAGGUGGUGAUACCCAGUAAAUACAAGCAGGGAAGUACAGAUCCAAUGUCAUCUAGGAGGGAGUUUGGAAUCCAAACAGAACUAGGUCAAGAUGACAUGAAAAGAACUGGAAGUAUGGAUAUAGAAUAUGAAGGUCCCAUUCACGAUCAAGCCAAGACAAAGGGCAAGAAAGUCAGGGUGAUAAGUGCCAAAAAGAACUCUAAAAAACCUGAGGUUGAAAAGGAGACUGAGGAGAAGCCAAAGCGCAAAGGUACACAGAAGAUUUCAGAGAGGCCUGGUUGGGGUCAAAAGGCAAAGAAAAAACCUGUGAAACAAUCGGAACGAGAUCCUUUUUAUGAAAGAAAUAAAAAACAAGCUGAGGCUCGUAAAUUAAAACGAGCUGAAGAACUGAAAGCAAUGAUUGAAGCUAAUAUGAAGGGAAUACCUGAAAAUGUGGUUAAACGGGAAAGAUCUAGGUCACGAUCACCCCCAAGAGAUGGGGGUCCAUCAAGUCACAGGAGUACAACUAUACAACAGGGUAUCCCUACCCCUGAAAUAGACAGUAGGACAUAUGAAUCACAUGCUAGACAUUCCAAUGCAAUACAAAACAACACAUCUCCUCCACCAGAAAGAAAUCGACGGAGAGCACAACAUUCAAAUCCAACUCCUCCCCCUCAAUCUCAUAGAACAAAAAGUCCACCAAUCCGAACAUUGAAUAAUAAAAGUCAGUCAAAACAUCACGAGUCUCCUCCUCAUUCACAUAGGUCAAAAAGUCCACCCAUUCCAACUUUGAAUCAUAAAAAUCAGUCAAAACAUCACGAGUCUCCAAGAGCAGGAAGUAUUCUGAAAAAUGCUCCAGGGACUUAUCAGAAUCAGUAUGAUAUGGAUCAACAUUCUUAUAAGAACUAUCACUCGCAGUCUCAGACUGAACCGCUUGGUAAAUAUCAAGAUUAUAAGGCAGUAUCACCACCUAUCGCAACGGGAGAUUUUGUGCCUUUUCUUCGGACUAAGGAUAUAUUAGAUCCUGCCCAUGCGGACUCCCCAUGUCCCCCCUCACGCGAGAAUUCCCGCAUGGAGAGAGCCAGGAUUGCUUACAAACAAGGGCUGAAUCCUGCCAACUAUGGGGGUCACGUGGAGUACUAUAAUGACACAAAACUGGAGAAUAUGAUGCCUGAGAGACCUCCUUCCAAGAGCCAUAGCAAGGACCCCAUCUUCAAUCCUAGUGUUGUACUUGAUCACCCUACUCCACGUCAAGACAUAAUACUACAGCAGCUGUCUGACAUUAGGAAGGGUCUUAUUCAAAAGCAGCGUGAGAUUGAAACCUGCUUGUCUCCAAGUGAUCUACAACGUGAAGACGUCAACUAUUGAAAACUUCUAAUAUUCCAUCCAGCAUUUAACUCAAGUGUCUUUCUGUGACUUUAACAAAGGCUUAUGUGCUGGUAUAAGUGUCACUUUGAGUUGUAUAAUUAUUUCUGUUCAAGCCAUUCAGACAUCACAUGUCCUACCUUGAGUGUGUUUGAGUGUUUCUGCAUGAUACUUAUACUGGCCAAAAACAGUAAUUGUUUUGUGACUGGCAUUUGUUUUGCUCUUCACACAUAAUUUCACGACAGCAAUCAGUUUAUCAUGUGAUUUCCUCGUUACAUAUCUUCUCUGGUUACACCUAUAUUAUAAUUGAGGCACAUCAUGGUGAUGGAUGCUGGUCAUAAUUUUAUUUAAAUGCGAAGUAAAGUGGUGCUUUUUGAGUUGUAAGAUAGCAAUGUAGACUGUAUGUGUAUGUUUUGUAUCCAAAUUCUGAUAUGAAGAUUAUGAUUGACAUUUUUUCCACAUUAUGUAUUUAUAAACAUAUUUAUUUCACAUGUUAAUCAUGAGGGAAUGGUCUUUACUUUAGAAUACUGCUAUUUUGCAUAUAGCUCCAUUUAAAUGGCCAGAUUUAAAAAGUUCAAACAUAAUUGACAAAAUCUGUACACUGUAUAUUGUUUUAGAUGCAAUAAAUAUCAGUAAAUUGUC